CCUCAACAACACUGCUCAGGCGCAGGAGAAGCUGCAUGCUCGGGACUCAUCUCAUACAGCUCGGGCCAGACGCAAGACCGACCACAAAACAUGGCGCUUAUCGCACCAAGCCCUCCUCUGCCCCGCGCACCUGGCCAGACAGCUCGAGCACUAUGACGCAUGCAUGACUGAAUGAUGUGGUAGUCGGGGCCUGCCAUAUAAAACCGGGUUUCCACCCUCGACUUGUCCUGGCGAAAUUGUCAAACCACCUUCCUCGGUAUAAGGUAGCUAUCUCUCGCACACAUACCCCUGAAAAACCGAAUCAUGUCGUCGCAAAUGGGCAAAGAUGGCACCUUCCAGCCCCCGCAGGCAAAACAGGCUCAGAGCAAGCCGGGUCUGGAGAAGGAGAUGGCGCCAUCCAGCGAGUCCACCAAACUGGAAGGCAGCGAGGGCUUCGUCGAAUACACCGGCUCCAACAAGCUCAAGGACAAGAAGGUCCUGAUCACGGGCGGAGACUCCGGAAUCGGUCGGUCGGUCGCUGCAUUGAUGGCCCGCGAAGGGGCCGACAUCACCAUCGUAUAUCUGCCCGAGGAACAGGAAGAUGCAGAACACACGAAGAAACUGGUCGAGAAGGAAGGGCGCAGUUGUCUCCUGGUCCCGGGCGACCUGCGGAAGAAUGAAACGUGCAAGAAGGCCGUGGAGGAACAUGUGAGCAAGUUCAAGCACAUCAACGUUCUCGUGAACAACGCAUCAAAGCAGUACAUGUGCAAGGACCUGGCUGAGAUUGAUCUCGACAAAGUCGAGGACACCUUCCGCACCAAUAUCUUGCAGAUGAUUGCCAUCACCAAAUAUGCACUCCCGCAUAUGUCCAAGGGAGAUUCGAUUAUCAACAACACAUCCGUCACCACCUUCCGCGGCUCCGGCACGAUGGUCGAUUACGCAUCAACCAAGGGAGCGAUCGUGGGCUUUACCCGGUCGCUGGCCCUGCAACUCAUGCCCAAGGGCAUUCGGGUCAACGCGGUCGCACCCGGCUCCGUAUACACCCCCAUCCAGAUUGACACAAGAGAUGCCGAGUCCAUGGAGGGCUGGGCGUCCGGCAAGCCGCUGGGCCGUCCGGGACAGCCCUCCGAGGUGGCGACGAGCUUUGUCUUCUUGGCUAGCAAGGAUGCGUCUUUCUAUUCGGGACAAGUUCUGCAUUGCUACCCUCUGGGAGAGUAGCGGCAGACAUGACGGGAUGAAUUGAGAUGUAUGUUUCGAUGAAAUGAGCAUAAUCAAUACGAAAUAAUGAUUUCAUACAUAAGGU